CCUGCAGGUGCUAGUGGAAGAGCUGGAGGUAACCGUAGAAUUGUCGCGCGCAGAGAUGCAAGAAAAGACCGACCGGAUCUGCAGGAACAUCGACAUGUGGUUUGACAACAUCAUACGGACCGUGCCCGAGGAAGUCCUGAACAGGCCAUUCCGCGAUGUGUGGGACACCAGCAUACCUAUUCCCACUUCGGAAGUGUCCUUGGCCUCUGCGUCACUCGCUACUUCUGCCAUGUCUGCUUCCGCUACUGCUUCCUCCUUGCCUGUCACUAACAGCUCCCUUGAUGAACCGUCAACUUCGGAGAAGCUGCCGAAAGGUCAGGUUCCCGCCAAUGAAACUAAAAAGAAGGUGGGACACCACGACUGCCCGAUUUCCAGCAAGCCUCUGCAGGUGCUUCACGGCGGGAGGAUGCGAACUCCACUCUCACAACUCCGUGCCACUGGAAGGGCCCCGUUAGUCAGACCGAAGUUUGACAUCCGAGAGAAGCCAACCAGUGCGCGCGAGCCACGCUUAGGCGAGACACUGAUGUCUCUACAAGGCAGCCCUGUUACAAGCGGGCGGCCGCAGGUACAUUUACUACUCAACAAAGAUGACGAGGUAACUGAAGUGCGGGCGGAGGACAUGAACAAUCCGAAGGUGAAGAGGCUCUGCGAAGCCAUAGAGGAACUCUGCAAGACAUUCUGAUGCUCUCCACGCCUGGAUCUAAUGGCACUUCAAACUGCCUUGGCUGCGGGAUCUCUCACAACCUCCUUCACGUUUUGUCGCUUUAACAUGCAGAUAAAGCUUUUGGCUGCUCCUGCGGUUGUCAC